AUGGCGAGUCAGUCCCUUCGUCCUAGGAUUCACCGCUAUUUUUUGAAUACCCCGCCCUCCGAAUGGAAUAUCACCGAUUUCCUCAAUCAGCAGUGGCAGAGGAGUGAUAAGCCUUACGACCAUAAUAAGGCGGUCGGCAGCUGGGCCACAUCGCUCACGCAUCUUUCCAAGGAUGAGGAUCCCGAAAGGGCGUCUUGCGCAAAGCAGAAAUGCGAGAGGUUCUAUCUCAACAACUGCCGAGGGCAGCUAUCCGAUCGAAUGAUUGCGCAGAACUGGCACAACAGAAUGAGUAAGAACAAGAGGAAGAGGGAGUCGCAGCAGCCUCCGGGGAUGCCGGUGCCCAUGAGGCAGAAAAUCCAGAAUACGUUUAACAUGAAUGGCGCGGCGAAUAACGUGCUUGGGGCAGUAACAGCGGGGGUGGUGAACAACGGAUCUGGAGGCGCAGUCCCGGACACAACUCGCAACCGCGAAUCACCCCACCUGGGCCCUACUAGUGAGAAUGCGGGUGGUUCUAGUCCCCUUAGCAUCGCCAGCGACCCGGAAGAAUGCCACGAAAACAUACACCUCCAGGAAACACUCCGUAGCCUCGGCCAUUUCUACAGCAACAUGGCCGACAAAGUUGCCCUGCCUGACAACCGAUUUCUAGAAGAUGUCCUGUAUCAGCACGUUCUUACACUGGAGGAAUUGAGCCCCGCCCACUUCUUCAUUGUCGACGACAAACUUCUUGAUGGGAUUCUAAAGACACCAGAGGAGAAGCAGGAGGUGUUGCGCGGGGUAGUGCGAUUCCCGCCAUUCCCGAAGAACCUGCGGAAAAGUAUGAUGCAGUACCGGGGCGCAAAAACGGCUGCUCAAUGUCGGGCUAUUGCGCGAGAUAGUCCCGAUAACCAGGAUAUCCAAUGGAUCGACGAUGUUUUCAGACAUGUUGUUGACUUGAUCACCAAUUCGGGCAACAUCCUGUCCUAUGACGGCCUUAACGAAGGGGUAUGGGACUCCCUUGUCUACCCUCCUCUGUGGGAUAAAUACCUCGCCAGCAUCCACACUAUGGUUCUCCAACGCAAGGAAAUACCGCUCGUCGCCCUCGCGCCAUAUGCGUACCUCCCCGGACGCCCACCCCACUAUGAUGGCGUAGUCCAAUCCCGCGCACUGCGCGGCGGCAAACGGCGCAGCAAUCGCUACGAGUUUGCGGUCUUCGAGGUCACGCGCAGCAGCUCGGACACAAAGAAACUGAGUGUAGACCGCGAGAAGCUGGUUGCAGGGUGCCGGGCUAUGCUUUGUAGUCUGAUGGAGCUGGUCGAGUAUGAUGCGGAGGCUAUUGCGAAGCUCGUGGUUGUGGGUGUGUUGCAGGGUGGCCUCGGAACUCGUCUCUUGACAAUGUCGUGUAUCGGCCGGAACGUGUUUUAUCUUCGUGAGGGCGAAUGUCGGAAUCUACCGGUCGGUUUGGGGGGCCUAACUGCGCUGUAUGAUGUUGUUCUUGAUGUCUGGAAGGCAAAGUGGGCGAUUCAAAACACAGAGACGGCAAUUGAGGAGUUUCUUGAGAAGAAGCAGUUUCAAGAGGAAGAGGAGAGGGAGAGAAGAUGGUUGGAGGGGGAAAGAGAAAGAGAGACGGAGACGGAGGAGGAGGAGGAGGAUGAAGACGGUGUGUGCGGGGAAUGCCAUUAA